CAUCACAUUGAUUUCGUCGAGACCAAUCGUGUCGGAAAUUCGUGCGCUUGUCGUUGACUAAUCAACAAAAUAUAAUAUAUACAAAACAAAUAAUAAUUGUCUAUUAAUUACCAACAAUAAUCAAUGAAAUAAAGCAUUGUUUAAAGUCAUGUUUAAAUGGAUAAAUUAGUGAAUAAAGUGACAACCAGUGAUGUUAACAAUUGUGUGUGUUUGAUGUCAAAAAAUAGUGGAUUAAAUAUGGUGUUAUAAAAGAAAGCAUAAAAUUAAAAAGUAAAAAAAUAGAUUAUUUUUCAAGUUUAUUUAUUAAUAUUAGUUUGUUUAUUAUUAUUUUUAUAUAUAAAAUUUUUUUCGCGUCUGGUUAUGCAGUGCCUGUGGACACAAGCCCCUAUUCAACCCUCAUAUCACGACAUUGACAACAGUGGGAAGCCCUGUAUGUUUCAACCGUGGAUUUUACUGCAUUGCGAUCAACCAAGCAGAAGGCAGUUUGUCGUGAGAAGAGUGUCGACAACAAAAAAAGUGUAACGAGUUGAAACACGUGUCUCGUCAUGAGGUCGACUAUGGUGCAGCUUUUUAUCUCAUUUUGGGUGAUAACGAUGAUUGGAUUCACCAUUGGUGCAUGGCAAGAAAAUGUACGACCGAAGAUGUAUGUUCAACUUGGUGCUGAAGAUGUCUUUAGGUUCACUGGCAAUGAAACACAUACAGAUUUUUUCCGGCUUGUACUGAGAGAAGGAAAUUAUCUUCUUGUUGGUGGAAGAAAUUUAGUGCACAAUCUUAGUCUAACAGAUUUGACUGAACAACAAAGACUGACAUGGUAUUCAUCAGAUAAAGAUGUUAAAAUGUGUGUUGUCAAAGGAAAAGAUGAAGAAAUUUGUCAAAAUUAUGUUAGAAUAUUAGCUAAAACUGGUUCAUCAAAUUUAUUAGUAUGUGCAACAAAUGCAUUUAAACCAAUGUGUCGUGAUUAUGUUGUACACAGUGGUAAUUAUACAAUGUCUAGUGAAAAAGCUGGACAGGCACUUUGUCCAUAUGAUCCACAACAAAAUAGUACAUUUGUUCAUGUUGAUAAUGAACUUUAUACUGGUACUGUUGCUGAUUUUUCUGGUAUGGAUCCAAUUAUAUAUCGUGAACCACUUCAAACUGAACAAUAUGAUUCGAUGAGUUUAAAUGCUCCAAAUUUUGUCAGUUCCAUGACAAAAGGUGAUUUUGUUUAUUUUUUCUUCCGUGAAACAGCUGUUGAAUACAUCAACUGUGGAAAGGCUGUUUACUCAAGGGUAGCAAGAGUUUGUAAAUACGAUCGUGGUGGUCCACAUCGUUUCCGCAAUAGAUGGACCUCUUUCUUAAAGUCACGCUUAAAUUGUUCCGUCACUGGGGAUUUUCCGUUUUAUUUCAAUGAAAUACAAUCAACAACUGAUUUGAUAUCUGGUCAGUAUGGAACAAUGUCUGCUCAUUUAAUUUAUGGUACAUUUACAACACCAGUUAAUAGUAUAAGUGGUUCAGCAGUAUGUGCAUUUUCAUUGCAAGAUAUAUCUGAUACAUUUGAGGGUAAUUUUAAAGAACAAAAUUCAAUAAAUUCAAAUUGGUUACCUGUACCAAGUGCCAAAGUACCAGAUCCAAGACCUGGACAAUGUGUUAAUGAUUCAAGAACAUUACCAGAUUUAACAUUAAAUUUUAUUAAAUCUCAUUCAUUGAUGGAUGAAUCUGUGCCAAGUUUCUUUGGCCAGCCAAUUGUUAUACGAACAAGUUUUCAUUAUAGAUUUACACAAAUAGCUGUUGAUCCACAAGUUAAAACACCUGGUGGUAAAACAUAUGAUGUAUUAUUUAUUGGUACUGAUAAUGGUAAAGUUAUAAAAGCAGUUAAUGCUGAUUCAGCUGAUUCACAUGAACGUGUUAGUCCAGUUGUUAUUGAAGAAAUACAAGCAUUUCCAGCAACAGUACCAGUACGUGGUAUUAAAGUUGUACGUGCAUCUGAAGCUGGUGAUGGUCUUGAAGAUGGACGUCUUGUUGUUAUUGCUGAUAGUCAAGUACAAGCAUUAAGAUUACAUCGUUGUUAUAGUGAUAGAAUAUUAUCAUGUGGUGAAUGUGUUGCAUUACAAGAUCCAUAUUGUGCAUGGGAUAAAGAAGAAUCAAAAUGUCGUGCACUUGUUGGUCCAGCAUCAACUGAUGCAACAAGAUUUUUUCAAAGUGUUGCUACUGGUGUUCAUCCAUCAUGUCCACCAAGUAAAUUAAUUAAUAAAGAUGCUGGUAGUGUUGGUGCAAUAUCAGCAAAUCAUAAUAAAUUUCCACAAGAUUCAAUGAUAUCUAAACAAGAUAGUCAAGGUGGUGAAAUUAUUAAUAUUAUGCAAGAUGAAGAACAAAAUAAUUCUGGUCCUGAAGUAUCUGCAGCAGAUUCACCAGUACCACAAUAUUCAGUUGAAACACUAGUGAUAGCAGUAGUUGCUGGUGCAAUAGCAGCAUUAUUUGUUGGUUUUAUAUCUGGUUAUUUGUGUGGUAGAAAAUGUCGUAAAGAUGAAGAUGAUAAUUUACCAUAUCCAGAUACUGAAUAUGAAUAUUUUGAACAACGUGCAAAUGUUAAUAGUAGAUUAGCACCAGAGCCAAAAUUAUUACCACAAGAAGAAGUAACAUAUGCUGAGCCAGUAUUAGUACCACAACCACCAAAAUUACAUUCACCAAAAGGUACAAUGAGAAAACCACCACCAACACCAGCUGAAACAUUAUUUCAAUUUCCUGAUGGUUAUGGUUUUCGUGGUACACGUGAUAAUUUUGGUACAUUAAGAUCACAUCAAGGUGAUGCAUAUCGUCGUAAUGAUGGUUUUGCAACAACACGUAGUGUUAAAAAAGUUUAUCUCUGAGAAACGAGUGAGGAGGGAGGUGGUGGCCGUCAUAGAAGUCUUGGACGGCCAAUGAGAAAUCGUCACAAUACAACACAAGGAAGACAACGUAAUGUGACAACACAAGGAGGACAAUCAAGUCGUGAAAUAAAUGGACAAAGACAACUUGAUACACCAUCACCAUCCUCCAGUGUCUCAUCAAGUUCACCUUCACCUCCCUCCUCAACACCAUCACCACCACCAUCACAUAUACCAAUGCAAAUUAAUGAUGGUUCACCACCACCACCAACACCACCAUGUAGUUUUAUUUAUCGUUCAUAGUCCUCACCCAAAUCUGUUUUUAAUCAUUUUAAUUUUAAUUAUAAUUAUAAUAAUAAUAAUACUAAUCAUAAUUAUAAUAUUAAUAAUAAUAAUAACGAUAAUAAUAAUAAUAAAAUUGUACGAUCCAUCAGUGCUAUUACACGUAACAUAUAGAUCAACAAAAUUUAUCAGAAAAAGAUAAAUUUCACUAUGUUCAAAUGACAAUGAUCAAGUGAGUUAAAAAAAAAAAAUAGAAUUUUUUCUUACAAUUAUUCAUUUAUUUUUCAAUAAUAAAGCGUAUAGAUUUGAUUAAUUUAAUUGAUAAUUUUACAUUAUUACAAAGCUUUUGAAAAAAUAAAAUAUUAACUAUUAAAUUAUACAACAAAAAUAAAUGGCUGCUAUUAUUAUUAUUAUAUUUUUAAACGAUUUUUUUUUCUCUAAAUAUUAUUAUUACGAUUAUUAUUAUUAUUAUUAUUUUUAUUAUUGAAAAUGUAAAAAAAAUACCUCCGAAAAAUGAUGAAAAACAAAAUAUUUUUAUUUUUUUUUCAUUUUAAAUGUAAAUUAUUGAUAUAUAAUUCUUUUUUUAUUUUUUUUUUAUAUAGGUAUAUAUAUUUUUUAUUAUUACGAGAUAUUUUUAUUUUUAUUUGAGGGAAAAUAUUAUUGAUCGAUUGAUUUUAUCUGUAACAAUUAAUGUAGGUAAUAAUUAUUUUUUUUUGUAUUGUUUUUUUUUUUAAAAAAAAAAAAAACAAUAUGUAUUAUUUUAGAAUUAAUUGUAUUUAUUUAUUCAUUGAUAUUGCCAUAUAGUUUGGAGUGUCGUUGAAUGAACAUGUUAACCAUCUCGAUAAGAUUGUUCAGAUACACGUUAGCUUUAAUGACCGUAUAACCGAAAACAGUAAAUAAUUAUAUUAAUUUAAUUUUUUAUUUUAUAUAUUAUAAUAUUUGCUUGAAACUUUUAAUCGUACUCUCGACUGAAAUUAUAUAAUAAAUUUAAUUUAACGAUUUUUUUUUUUGAAUAAGCUAGUAAUUUAUAAAAUUACUGGUAGAAAAUUUACAAUAUUAAAUGAAAAUUAAAUUUUCAUUUAAUAAUUAACAAGAGUUUAUUAUUUUAUUUUUUUAUAAUUAUUGAUUUUUUUUUACUUGUCGGAGGUAUUGGCCAAAGUAUUUUCGUGAUAAUUUCGAAA